AUGAAUCUUUUUCGAGGUUCUUGGAAUACUACUGAAGAUGAAGUACCAGUUCAUUCACCUGUUCGUUUAUUACAAAAAUUAGCAGCUUUUCGUGCAUCAACUGGUUCAACACCAAUAUCUUCAUCAACAUCACCAUCACCAUCACCACAACAUGAGCGUAAAUCAAAAAUUCUAAGUGAAUCAACAAAUUUUUUCACACGUCUAUGGCGUCCUAAUACUCAUCAACUAACACCAUCACAAAUAUUAAUGGCUUCACAUGAAACAAAUUCAUCCUCAUUUGAUCAAAUACCUGAGCCAACAGCGACACUUACCGAUACAUCAACUGUUCCAUCACUAUCACCUAGAUCAAAUCAUCGUAUAUCAUUUAUACGUGACGUCUCAUCGAAAAGUCCAACACAAUUAUGUCAAUUUUCAUCACCAUUAGUGCAAGCACCAGUACCACUUCAGCCACAACCAACAACAUCAAGUAUAAUAACAGAUCCUUCAUUCGAAGACACAACAUCAGAACAGCCAUGUGAUACAGCUAGUGAAUUUUAUUCUCAAAGUUUUGAAACAAACAUGGAUAGUAGUAAUCCAAAAAUAGUUGAUGAAGAAAAUUCUGAAAAAGAACAAGGAUUGACAUAUGACGAACGACAUCGCCGUUUAAGUUUAUCAGCAAAACCUGUGAUACAAACAGUACAAAAGAUAUCUUCAUUGCCUUUGCGAAUGACUGAACAACAUCGAAGUGAGAGUCUUACUUCACCUGAAGCGAAUAUUGAUGUUAGCAUGGCAAUGGAUUAUUUUUCUACUCCAAUAAUAACAACACCAUCAAUAACAGAAAAUUCUUUUAUAUCAAAUAAUAAUGAUAACAAUAAUCAUCAUCAACAACAAACAAAUUCUACAGGUGUUCGAAAUUCUGAUACAUGGGCACGUAAACGAACAUUAAUGCAUCGCGAUUAUCAAUGGACAACAACAUUGGAAGAUGUAGAAUCCAUAACAAAUAAUAAUAAUAAUCAAUACAAUAGUACGUGUAAUCCAACAGUUUUAUCAGAUUCAACAACAAAUUCUUUAACAUAUAAAGAUAAAAAAAAUUCAUCAUCAUCUUCAACAAGAAUAAAUUCUAAAACUGAUUCAUCAAAUGCAGUUUUACGUCGACGACGUUCUUCUCGUCGUUUACCAGAAAUUCCUUUGAACUGUAAAAUUUUAUCAAAUAAUAAUCAAAACACAAAUUCUAUAGAUGAAAUUAAAUUUCUACCAUCAUCAUCAUCAUCAUCAUAUACAUCACAUGAACAACCAUCUCAAAUUGUACAUGAAAAUUCUCUUUGUAAUCGUUCAACUUGUUCGAAAAGUAUUAAUUCAGAUUCAUCAUUAGCAUCUCGUUUAAUACAUACAAAAUUAUUACAUACACAUCAAUCACCAAAUACCAAAUCAGUUGAUUUAUCAAAUUUAACACGACGAAAAUCGUUUCUUAUUGUUAAUAAUACAUUAUUACCACAACGUUCACUUGAUUAUCCAUGUAUUGUACGUAAAGCACCCGAUUUAUCUGAUAUUGUUCGACAACGUAUGUUAUAUUCAAAAAUGUCUAAACAACAACAAGGAGAAAAUUUUUCUCUAAGUCUUGAACGUGAACAUGUGCCAAAAGUACCAAGAAAAAUUAUUAUUAGACAAGAUAAUAGCAUCGAAAUCGCAUUAAGUAAACCACCUAAACUUCGUCGACAAACUUUAUCAGAAGAAUUUUGUUAUGGUUGCAAUCCUGAAGUAGAAUUUACUUCUAUGUCACCAAUAACUAAUGCUUCAUCAACACUUGGUUUACCUAUACCAUCAUCUGGAUCAGGUUUAACAGGUGGUGAUCGAAGAAAAACAAUUGAAACAUGUGAAAAUAUUUAUUUACAUGCUGAAGAAAGUUCAAAAUUACGUGCACGUACACCACCAUCAAAUCCACAUCGAAUUUUACUUCAUCGAGAUAAAAAUGAUACAUCAAUACGAACAAAUGGUCUUGGAAUGCGUAUUAUCGGUGGACAAGAAUGUGAAGAUAGUAGUCUUGGAUGUUUUGUAACAAAUAUUCUAUACGGUGGUCCAGCUGAUGUACAAGGUAAUAUUGAAGUAGGUGAUCAAAUACUUGAAUUUAAUGGACAUUCAUUAAUUGAAUCAACAUAUGAAGAAGUACGAAUUUUACAAGAUCAUUGUGGUGAUAUUGUACAAUUAGUUGUUCAACAUAAUAAUGUUAGAUUACAAAUAAAUAAUGGUCAAACAUUAUCAUCUAUUGAAAUUUCAAGACAUUUUGAAACUGUACCCCGUCUAUCAUCAUCAUUAACACGAAAACGACGAAAUUUACCACCAUUACCACCAUCAUUAUCAUCAACAAUUCCUAAACAGAAAAAAAAAGAAUUAUAUGAAACUGUUGAAACACUUGAAGUGCCAAAUGUUAAAGAACUUAAACCAAUUUUAAUUAAUCGUGGAAGACUUCUAGCUCAAAUUUGGCAUGAUGUUGACGAUAUGAAAUUAGCUUUAACAAUAAUACAAGCAAGUCAUCUUGCUUUACGAUCGAAUGGUGAUCAACCAUAUGCAUUUAUAACUGGUAAAAUGCUUUUUGAAGAUCGUGGUUUUGAUAUGUUUGAAACAAAAAUAAUUCACUCAUCAAAUCCAGUUUAUAAUGAAACAUUUGUUUUUCAUGAAGUUGAAAGUGUGGAUGUUCUUCAUCUUGAAAUUUUACUUUGGGAUAAAAAACAAUAUCAAACAAAUAAUGAUAGUACAGAUGAAUCUGAUGACUUUCUUGGUAUGAUACAAUUACCAUUAAAUGAAGCUAAUCUUGAAGAUGAACCACGUUGGUAUGAAUUACGUGAUCGUCAAACACGUAAACCAUCAGCAUCAAGUGUUACAUUUAAAUCAUCAUCAAUAGAAAGUGCUGAUAGUUGUCGUAAAAUGCCACCAUUAUUACUAUCCAAUAAACAUGAUGAACGAACAAAAACAUCUACAGAUGCAUUAAUACAUACAAUAAAUUCUUCGAUGAUAAAUAAAAUUGAUUCUAAUCGAAAAAAUUCUUCUUCACAAACAACUUCCAAACAUGCAAAUACGACUGGUUCAACAAUUCCAACUAUUAUAAUGACUAAUAUUGAUGAUGGUAAAAAUGAUGAAGAUACUCAUCGACGUCUAUCAGCAAUAACUAUACAAUCAGUUAAACUAAAACGUCGAAUAUCAAAAGGAAUAUCGAAAUUAUUCGAUGUUCAUACAAGACGUUUUAGUGAAUCAACACCUGAAUCACCAAAAAGUCCAGCGUCACGAAAACUAUCAUCACAAAUAGAUACAAAUAUUGAUAAAGAACAUCAUAUUGAUAUAUCAGCUGGUCUUACAUUAGAUAAUACAUCUACUAAUAUAAAUAAAUCACCACGUCAAAGUUUAAUAUCAACAAUAAAUCAAGAUGAACAACAACAACAAACAUUAAUACGUCCUAUUCCAUUACAACAAAUGCCUAUUGGACAAUUAAUGUUACCUUAUAUUCCCUCAUCACGACAUUCAUCUAUAUCAGGUUCAAGAAAAUCAUCAGCUACAUCUAAUUUGGAUAGUGAUGAUGAUAUUGAUCGAUAUUUUACAUUAUCAGAACAACAACAAGAACAAAUAAAUGAUAAUAAUAAUGUUCAAACACAUACUGUUGGUCCAGGACAAGUUACACCAAGAAAUUAUGAAAAUAUGAUUCAUGAUUAUAUGCAUAUGGGAAAAAUUCAACUUGGUUUAGUUGUUACAAAAGGUCUUUUAGAAAUUGAUAUUAUAUCUGCAAAAGGAUUAGAACGAAUUAUUGAUGAUAAUAGCGAUAAUAAUAAUAAUAAUAAUAAUGGAGCCAAAGCUGAAGAUAUUCCUCCUGAUACAUAUGUUAAAACAUAUCUUCGAACAGGCACACGCCGUGUACAAAAACGUAAAACAGCUACUACAAAAGGAAGUUAUAAUCCAGAAUAUCAUUCAAAAUUAAAAUAUAAUGCAUGCAAUGUCAUGGGUCGUCGUCUUCAAGUAACAGUAUGGCAACGUGGUGGUAAAUUUGAAAAAAAUCAAUGUAUUGGUGAAGCAUAUAUUCAACUUGAUAAUUUAACAUUAAAUCAACAUACUAUAGCUUGGUAUACAUUAUUUCGAGAAAAAUUAGUUGAAAGCGAAUUUUAUGAUUCAAGUUGA